GUAUUACAGCGCUUUUGCAACAUUAUAAUGACAAAUACCCGCUUGCAUCUCAACCACUACUAGGCAGGGACCUCUCAGCGGCGACCCGUAUGGUACUCUUCAGCACUAACGCUGUUUGAUUUAGACCUCUCAACAAAAUCGUUUCCAGUGCAAGACCUAUCGUUAUGCGUCGCGGCCAAGAACUUCCGACGCCGAAUGCCCCGGCGUUAGCAACCCUUGAUGAAAUCCAAAUGGGCGGCAGCAACUCGGAUUCUGGCAUAUUCCAACGGAUAGACAAUGCCCUGGACACUGUUCAUGGGGGUUUACAACGUGGCCCUGGAGUUUGCCAGGAUGAGUCUGAGUCCCGCGCCCCGAUUAGCGACCCUAGGGUUCCAACCGAGCAUGCAGCUCCCAGCAGUGAAGCACAGGCAACGCCUGUUCUUCACAAGUUCGGCCUGCAAGAGCUCCUCAUACCCUGUCAUGGCUUUGUAGAGCCGGAAAGAAUGUUUACACUUACAUACCCAAAGUGUCGGGUUCAGCUAUGGGACACCAUACCACCCUUACCCUGCGAACUUACUCAUGACCUCCUUCACGACACGACGUACUCGUUUACAGCCUUCCGGGACCACUACAGCUUAGGCGGCUCCGACUAUCUGGAGGUGACCUUCACCGAGCGAGCGCAGCUGUACGUGCUGCUGGAGGCCGGCUCAAAGAUCCCUGAGUGGCUAGUCCGAGAGUUUAGGUGCUUGACCUGGUGCGCCUUGAGAGCCAAUAGUGAUGCGCUAGACAGUUCCAGGCGCCCAGAGUUCUCCCUCGUCGUCUGGCAGCGCAAGCACCAGUGCAUGCCUGGCGUCCGCUAUGUACUCGGAGCGCCGCAGGGUAAGCAAGGUCGCGGCUACACGUACCUGCUGGCGUGGCAGAAGCUUGGCCAGGGUGAGGAGGUGGAGGAGCCCCCUAGGCGCAUGUCGCUCGAGUACGAGGGGCCCCAGCACUACCCUGAGGGUAUGACGGGGGGACUUUGCACUGAAAGGUCCGACCAGGCAGCCGACGAAUACACGGAAGCUCCCUCCAAAAAAGACAUGCUUGCGGAGGUGGAGGGCUACUUGCGGGAUAUCAUGAUGUUCAACAUCGCCAAUCUUGCCCUGCUGACUUCUAUGGUGGAAGUGUACAGGGAACUCGUUGAUUACAUCAAGUUACCCUUCUGGGUCACCGUCAACGGCGAGGACAAGCUGCUGGUCACGGUGAUGCCACCCUCGGCAUUGCUGGCAUUCUUGUGGCCAGAAAUAAGGAGGGAUUACUGGGAGGCGCUGAUGUACUUGGUGGUGGAGGGUGCGGAGAUAGAUGUUGCAACUUUCAGAGUCAUCCUCCAGGAGGACGUCGUCUGCCAUGGAUACUCCAGUAUGCAGCACUUCGUGCUGUCAUACCUGGUCCGCCACCGCAACCCGGUCGCUGCUGCCAUGGUAUUUGCCCAGGAGCUCACCGCCCAGGAGGCAAGAUCUACCGGGGGAAAGGCGAAGGAAUGGAGGGAGCUCGCCAUUAAACUCCGUGCAGUGGCCGUUGAGCUGCUGGGGCACCUGGAUACCGAUGAGCGGGCCCUCCACGCCGUGCUGCAGCCCAUGAGUGUCAUAAAGUCCGUCAGCGAGGCCAGCCCGGUGCAGAUCGCAUUCGACACCGUCGACCUGGACUUCAUGUCGGCACCUGCAAUACAAGGCUUGAUGUGGAAGCGAUGGAUUGCUGAAGAUAGACACGUCACCCAAGUGCACCCGCGAUUGGCUUCCGAACUUGAGUCCGUGUUGAAACAGUUUCGGGAAUUUUACAGUACACCCUUCAGGGACGUCAACUCUCUGGUGGAGUUAAUUUCUUUAGGCCGUGUGCGCAACUUCAGCGAAACUUCCAUAAUUUGGAAUGGCCCCCGCUUCUUCGAGUCCCCGCGAGGUCGCUGGGUGUUCAAGCUCUUCCUUGAGGGCUUCUUCCUGUACGUGUACCACCAUGUGCUGCUCAUGACGGACGAGUUCCGGCUGGUGUGGCAGCACGUGGUGCUGGUGCUGUACAUCGCGGGUAUGGUGGUGGACGAGGUCCAGGAGCUCAUCUACCAGUAUCACGGCUGCCUAACGCGGUACUACUCCAAUGGCUUCAACGUUGUGGAGGCGCUGCUGGUGGCCAUGUUGGUGACGUGCGCCGGUCUCAAGGUGGCCAUGUGGGGCCUGCCAGGGGGACAGGAUAAUCCCCGCUGGGAGGACAUCUGCACGGCCAAGGAGCUGCUGUACAGCACGGCCUCCAUCCUCGUCUGGUCCCGGAUCCUGCAGUACCUCAUUCCCCUAUAUGAAGGGUUCGGCAGCUUGCUCAUGAUCAUCAACCUGAUGAUUCGUGAGGUGCUGAAGUUUGCGCUUCCUGGCGUCGUACUGAUGUUUGGCGUGGGCUUCAGCUUCUUCUCCGUUUUUAGGUCCCAUGUGAGCAUUCCGGAGCUCAGCACCUUCCCCUUGGUUCUUGUCCAGCUCUUCCGCACCUUCGUCGGGGAAAGCAUGUUUGGGCUGAUGGAUGAAGAGCACAACCAGUUAUACAACUUGUACGGCAACAUCCUUGCAAUGCUGUUCACGCUGAUGGCCACGGUCGUGAUGGCAAACCUGCUCAUCGCUCUCAUGAGCUACCACUACAAGCCUGAGCAGUUUGCUAAGCAGUCUCGGUUCCAGGCCGCCGAGCAGCUGCAUCACUACGAGUAUAUGGUAGAGCGUCAUCUGCUGGGUGCACCGUUCUCACUACCUCUGCUGUUGCUGUCAUGGCUGCCAAGUGGCACCCUGGAGAAUGGCGACGGCCGGCAGUACCCCACCGGAACCAAGGCCAUACCGUACCUGGUGUACCUGCUGACUAUGCACCCCGUCCUGAUGGUGAUGUACUGGGCGGUCCAUGUCGCAAGUACGCCAUAUUGCGUCAUCUACUUCACCUUCCGUAAAUACCGCAACAUGAUUAGGGACGACAGUACGCCAACACCUGCUACCGCCCAAGAGCAAGAUUGGAGACGUGCCACUCGCUGGCUAAGCUACGGGCUUCUGGUUGCUGCUUUGUUCCCCGCGACCCUACCAUUCUGGCUGGCGUAUUGGCUGCCAUACUAUGUGACUAUACUCUGGGUCGCGCUGCUGGUCAUGCUGCUAACAUCAUAUGCCGUCGAUGUGACCUCCAACAUCUUCAGAAUCCUGGUCGGCUGGGGACUGCUGGGACGUGUUUCCUCAAUCUGGAAGCGAGGAGUUGUUGAGCCUGCGGCGCGAAGCCUGCCUGUGGCUCCGAAGCCGUCGUCAGACCCUCCAGAGUCUCAGUCGGGCACCGCGCAUGAGGCGCGAAGCCUGCCUGCGGCUCCAAUUGGCGGCAGCUCGAAGCCUUCAGAUUCUCUGUCGGCUGAAUCGAUCUCCGAGGGCUAUAUUCCAGGCCGUGAUGCUCGGGGCUAUGAACCUGUGGAGACUCGUUGGAGGUUUCCCCUUUUAGAUAACGAGGCCGAAAAGUCCAUCACAUUGAGGGAACUGGAGCUUGCUUUGCGCAACGCCGGCUUUACCAAGUCAGAGGUAGCCUUGGCAGUGGAGGGCCGGCUGAGCCCCGAAAGGCUGUCGGAGGUCAAAAGGGAGGAAAAGCAGGUCGAUUGGGGCGUGCAGGCCAGCGUAUGGCAGGUCGGACUGGAAACACGGAGGGAGGUGAAGGAGCAGCUGGCACAGAUGCAGGAGGAGCAGCAGAAGGCGAUGGAAAAGCAGCAGAAAGAAAUGGAGAGGCAGCAUGCCCGCACGUCGGAACUUCAGGCGGCUGUGGCGGACCUUAGGCGGCUGGCCGUCAUGAGGUAGCGGCGAGGCACACGGCGCGUUAGGCUGGUCAAGCGGGCAGCAGGAGGUGGAGGGGUGGAGGGCGUCGAUGGCACCUAGAAGGGUCAGCAUGCCCCUGUCGUGCAGGUAGAUGCGUGCUGCCGAGCUUUGUUGCACUGCUGCGUCGUGACAUGCGUGCCAGGGCCUCUACUGAUCGCUUGGUGCAUGCGGGCAGGAACCAGGGAGCAUAGUGUCAUGAUUUGCUUGCGCAGGAUCGUAUCUUUUAGUGACUGGGUUGGGGCAUAGGUUUGCCAUUGUGUCUGUUUAGGUAUGUUGUUGGAUGCUACCGCCGCUUUCUUCGUCAUGCUGUGGAGACAAGGGAGCAUGAGGCGGGGCAGCAGUCAUGUACCAACACAUGAGGCUGCGGCGGGUAUAAUGUAGUAAGGGGUACCCCGUAGUUUGUUUGUCUUCUUUCUUAUAUUUUUAUUACACUUAAGUCAAAUAAAUAACAUGGUCAAGGUCAACCGCACUGGCUGCUAUGAUGUUCGGGGUAGGCUGUUACCAGGCUGUAGCAAGGGUAGAUUGGUUUGGUGCUUUGCCUUUGUUAGCACACGUCCGGGCGGCUCGCAUUGCUUGUUGGGGAGCCCGGUUAGUUCAUUAUUAGUGAUGGUGCUAGGGAGUUGUAGGCACCCUUGGCAGCACGCGCAGUAGUUAUCUUCCUUAGGAGUUUGCCCCCGGCUUUUAAUCCGCAAGCGUGUUUGAUGGCUAGCCGGGCAGGGCCUUGGCUAGGGGUGGGGAAAUGCCGGAGGGUGUUCAAGGCAUAGUGUCUUCUCUAGCGUUUUUAUCUCCCGUUACAGACAUAGCGUCGGAGUAACUGUAACCGGGUUGCUGAUGGUGUUGAGGGAAUUCGGUUGCCGACAAGUUGUCAACUGGGGACACAGAAGCCGGUACUGUAGAGGACUAAAACAAAACAAAUGUGGGGCAUUUAACACAAGUGAGUUCGGGUUGCUUGAUGGUAUGAGGGCAUGCUGGGUGCGCGUUUGUGUUAGGGGUAUGAGAGCAGGAGUGGGUGCCCGUAGGUGCUCCAGUUCUCCUCCUGUGCUAUAUAGAUUCAAAAUAUUGCGGCAAUGAAUUCCUUCGUGCGCGUGCUUCUUGCUACCGUAAUGUGUCGUUAGGGGCGGCUUUUAGAGAUGUUUGGUCCACGUCAGUUGGGGCUAGAACUUCCCCACCAGUAAGCAAUGGGGCUUAAGUGAAUCCCGCCUCAACAGUAGGUGCUGGAGAAAAGGCUCCAAGAGCCAUUUCAAAUGAAAUUUGUGGGCUGUACAUAUGCUUGUAUUUUACUUGGGGUUGUAAGUAAGGCAAAGAUUUAUGGGCCCAGGUUGGUUGUAUGGCAAGUGUGCCCUUGUCUCCAUGCAUGCGCUCCGCCCGGCCUUUUGUAAUACCGUACCUUGUUGUAAUUAUCGCGCAGGGCCAUUUUCUGCUAUUAUGUUUGAGGUUCGCGCAUAUGGGUCAUAGAUCAUCAAGACAGCUCUACCCACACCGUUCGGGUUAGGUUGGGCACACUAGUAUGCAGCCAGGGGCUGGCCAAGCGUAGCUGAAGUGGGGUUGGGGCAUGCUGGGGGAAGGAAGGGUCCCCAGAGGUUUCUCCUUAAUCGUGCAGGCCCAAACAUAAUUAUUAAAUUUUGCGCAAACUGCGCACUUUUCAAAUAGAUGUUUGUCCCUGAGGGAUGGUAAGGAUUACACGCGUUACAUGGUGCACCAAAACCCCCUUGGAGGCGAGCCUGCGCAGUCUCAAAAUAUAUUUCUUUCUUAUGUGCGGCAUUGAAAUGAGCAACCCGGAAGUGUUUGAACUAUUGGUUUCCAGCAUUGCGUCCGACGACGCUUUGGGUACCUGCAAGCAGAGAAAGAGGUUCUUCUGAAGGGGAUGGGGAGC